CUACUCAGUUGCACAUCGCAAUGCUUAUUCCCGUGCGUGCGCGCUGCUAAUUUUGUUUGUGAUCCACCCUCUAUCUAAAUAGUCUUCCUGGUCCCUCCCGGGCUUCCUAUGCGGAACCUCUACCGCUGAUGCAAUAUCUCCUCGCGAACGAUAACGACCCGUAAAGCGACUCUCAUCAUUAUAUUGACUUGUAGAAAACUACAGCAGAAACAUUGUCGACGGGGUGCCACGGACCAUUUUCUCGGGCCACAUUGAGCAAUCAGCACUGCCUUGUACAACAUGAGAAACUGAUCAAAGCGACGUCGUGCAUCGUUCCUCGAAUCACUUGUCGCAUACAGGACUGAACAUAGAGUCUCGUAUCCAAGCUCUUUGACACGCGGAAAUUGAUCAACAGGGCGGUGGAACACGAACCUUCCACAGCCCUUCUUUGCCUUUUCUACCCUCAUUCUACUAUCUCUUUCUUAGUCUAUUUCCUCAUUACCCAGUCUUCGUUCGUGAUGGUUCCAACUGCAAACCUGACAAUUGAACGGUUGUCGACUGCGGCCUUGUGGUUGAGCUGUGUGCCGGGGUUGACAGUCGCGGCGCAUGCUAUCACGCCGAGUGCGAGACUGCCAGAGCCCACGCCGUUUGUAGGAGGAGUGAGUCCGAACGAAUUAUAUGGCGGGAAUGGAGCCUUCCUAGCCAAAAGAAAUUACGAGGAUGUUACGAAUUGCGAUGGUGCCGGUGUUUGUAAGUGAAUCAGCGGACUAUUGAUUUGUCCCUGACAUGGAGCAGUGAAAUGUGGAGGCGGCACUCAAUACUGUUACUCUGGAGUCAACAACUAUUUGGGCUGCUGUGACAAGGGCAAAACAUGCUAUGCUCGAACAGAGUGCGUACCAUAUUCGGAUAUCGCGACGAGGAACUGUGAUCACAACACCGGUGGAUGCGCU